AUGAUUUUGUAUUUAGUUAAUGCAGUUGUUGGUAUUGUUGCAACAGUUAACGUUUACAAACCUGUUCCAGAGAAAGUCAAUUCUUAUAUUGUUUUGGUUGCAGAUAUUGUUGGUGUUGCAGCAACAGUUGGUGCAAUUGUUUUUGGCAUGCUUGAUAAAAAGAAACUUGUUGAUCCAACACGACUUACUGACAACGAUCAAAUUCGAAUCAAACGCGAGAAAGAGCGUCUUGAGAAAGAAGAGAAAGAACGAAAGAAGAAAGAGAAAGAAGGAAGCAAAAAUAAUGAUAAAGAUAAAGAGAAAGACAAGGACAAAGAGAAAGAGAAAAGUAAAGAUAAAAAGAAGAAGAAUUCAAAGAGAAAACAUCCUAAUUCAAAGAGAGGUAAAGAUGAUGAUUUAUUAGAUAAUUAUUCCUCAGAAAGUGAUGACUACGAUCACAAUGAAGAUGAAGAUUCUUAUUCGAAGAAGAGUAAGAAGAAUAAACACAAAGAUGAUAUGAGUGAUUUUAGUCACAGUGAUGAAGAAAGUAAAUCAAAAGAAAAAAGUGAAAGUUCUUCAUCAAAAUCAAAAUCUAAGAAAGAAGAAAUUAUCGAAGAUGAUAAUGUUGAUGAUGAAGAUAUCUCCGAUAAAGAAGAUAUUAAAGAUGGCAAAGAUAAAACAAAAUCAGAAAAGAAGAAAGAUGAAGAAAAAGAUAAAGACAACAAAGAUGAAGAAAAAGAUAAAGAUAAAGAUAAAAAGGAUGAUAAGAAAGAUGAAAAAGAUAAGAAGAAAAAGAAGAAAGAUCCAUUAGAAGGAGAUACAGAUGUUGGUCCAAUUCAGAUUCCAAAGAAAAUGAUUAAACCAGUUGAUGGAUUAACUGAAAUUGUUGAAGCUGAUCUUAAUGAUGAAAGACUUGAAAUCAGAAAGAGAUUUACUCUUCUUUAUCAAGUUUAUGAUUUAUUGAUUGAUGAUGUUGAAUUUUCCAUCUUAACACGAUUUCUCAGAUUCAUGAGUUUCAUGGGAUUGGUUGCAACAUUGCCAAUAUUUAUAAAUCAGGGAAAUAAUGAUUUUUCAUGCAUCGAUUAUAUUGAUUGGACUCAUCGUACCAAGUGGUAA